CGCCCUGAUCCCAUCGCUCGCUGGGCCAGGAAGGAGGCGCCUGCAGCUGGAACUCUCAGUGUGAGUCGGCAGUUCAAAGCCCCCUGCACCCAGGAAGGUGGAUGGAGCACAAGACAGAGCUAGGUGCUGCCCGAAGCCACUGGGCUGACAGAAGAGGCUCCCUAGGAUCCUUGGCUGCCCAAGGGGGACGUUGGGCGGCGGCAGACUCCCACCGAGGAUUCCUGAGCAUGGAAGCAGGUGCCGGAGAGCAGGUUCCCGUGUUCUCAGCCUGGGAUCACGGUGAUGGUAACUGGAGCGGGGACAUGCGGCGUCUCGCCAUGAGUGAGAGCAAGGACGAGGGGCUGGUCUUCAGCGCCAUCAUCCUCGCUCUGACGGAGGGUGUGGGGCUGCUGGGGCUGGCUGGCAACGGCAUGGUCCUGUGUCUCCUGAGCAGCCGCAUCCAUCGGAACAACUUCUCCAUCUACCUCCUGGACUUGGCCAGCGCCGACUUUCUCUUCCUUUGCUGCCACUUGGUGAUCGUGGUUCCUGAAACUCUCCAGCACCACUUCAGCUUCCCCCAUUACGUCUAUGACAGCCUGCUGGCCCUGAGGUUCUUCUUCUACACGGUGGGCCUGAGUCUCCUGGCGGCCAUCAGCACCGAGCAGUGUGCCGCCACACUGUGGCCCUCGUGCUACGGCCGCCGCCGGCCCCCGCACACGUCGGCCAUCGUGUGUGCCCUGCUCUGGGCCCUCUGCCUCGUGCUGCACUUCCUGUCGUACGGGACCUGCGGAGAGCUGUCCGGGGGCGACGUGGGGACCGUGUGCAGCCGGAUUGGCUUGGCCCGAGUGGGCUUGCUCUUCCUCCUCCUGACCACGAUGUGCGUGUCCAGUCUGAUGCUGCUCGUCAGAGUGGAGUGCGGCUCCCAGCGCCGCUGGCCCCAGAAAUUCUACCUGAUUAUUCUGUUCACCGUCCUCACGUUCCUCUUCUGCGGCCUUCCCUUUGGCAUCUACAGGCUCUCCCUGAAUUGGCUGGACAUCCCCGCCUACUACUACUGCCUCAGUGUUCUGAUGGCGUGUGUGAAUGGCUCAGCCAAGCCACUGAUUUACUUCUGCGUGGGCAGCCUCAGGCAACGCAGAUUCCGGGGACCCCUCAAGGCCGUUCUCCUGAAGGCCCUGGGGGAUGAGGAAGAGCUGGGGGAGGGAGGGGAGAUGCUAGACAUAGGACCCGUGGAGAUAUAGGCCUUAGCCCCUGGGGGCACCCCUCGGGAUGCCCAAAUCAUUUCCUUCAGCCCAGAUCCAGCUGCAGCCACUCCCCCGCCCCUGCCAAUGAGACGGGAUGCUACCCUAACUUGGUUCCCAGAAACAUUUCCUCUGGGGUGGAAACAUCCACAAGCCUGGAGUCCCAGGAUUUCCUGGAGCAGCCAGGGCCUGGACUGGUUUAUUGCAUAUAGAGGCUUUAAUUCAGUAUAACCCUCCUGCCCCUUGGCUAAGUAGAGGGAAGGUGAGGCUUCCCCAUCCCCUAUCAUGGGAAUCCAAAUUCAUUCCUCACUAGGUCUGGGUGCCUGAAACCACAGUGUUGAAGUAUAGAGGUUGCUGAAAGCAUUUGAACUCCUUCUUCAGGAGAAACAACUGACCUGAGUACUUAGUUAGCAGGAGUCACUAUCCUCAGAUACCUGAACUCCCAGGGGCUUCUCUAGCCCAGACUCAGGUCCAAGUGAGUUCCUGGCACCUACCUCUCUAGACUCUGUCCCCUCCCCCCAUCCCUGCCAUGAGGCAGUGUCCAGGGUAUCUCACUCCCUGGGUCCUAAUAUUCAGAAGGCCAGUGUCUCUUCCCACAAUCUUUCCUGUCCCCCAGGGCUGAGAAACUGUGUUGUUCCUGUCCUGUGUAGACAAGCUCACCACAGACAAGUGCUCCCUGUAUCCCACCAUCCCAACCCAAGUCAAACUACCACUGCCCAGGAGUUAGUGGGUGGGAUUUCCAUAUUACAAGUUCAUAUGCAUGGCCUUUCACUGAGGAUCAGAAAACUGGUCACCAAAUUUAAACAACUCACUAAAAAAUCUUGCCGCCAAAGGGGGAGAGAGAGCAGUCUCAUCAAGAUGGUGAUGUUUGGUAGGAUGGAUCAACCAUCAGGUGCUGGAGCCACUGUGAUAGCCAGUCUAAAGCACAAAGGUUCAAAGGUGAAGAAAGAAAGAAUUAAGAGCACAUCCAACCUCCGAGGGCACCUGCUCAAGACCGUCCCUAAAGAGACAUUCCCCCCUCCCACAUCCAUCCACUUGGCCAGCCAGCCUGUGCUUCAGGAUUUGGUGGUAAGGUCACGCCUCUCGAGGCAGUGCCUCCCAUGGCUCUUCUUAUGGGGACUUCCUUGCAUCAAGACCAAACUUGAUGCUCUUUAACUUGGGACCAGAGAUGUAAAACUGGAAGGAACCUGUGAGGCCAGCUAGCCCUAAAGGAAACUGAGGCUCCAAAAGUCUGCCAACAGUCAAGAAGCAUCUAUUAAGUGUUUACCGUGUACCAGGCACUCAGGUGAUUUCCCCACAGUCUCACCACUCACUCACUAAGUAGUGUCAGAAGCAUUGACCAUGGUUUUCUGACUCUCUAUCCACAAUGCAAAGCUGCCUAACUCUGCCCUGGAAGGGGUGGGGGGGAGCAGAAAAGACUAAUUCUUCCCCUGGACUGCCCUUUGAAUACAAAAAACUCCCCAAAGGCAGGGGCAUGGUGGGAGUAAGGGAAGGAAAAGAAUAGGUCGGGAUAAAGGCUCUCACCAGGUCUCAGUCCCCAGAGUGGGAAGGAUAUAAACCAGUGUGGGCCUGGACGAGGCUGGGAACAGUUAUCAGAUACGACAGUCUUAAGAUCCCAGUCAGAGGAGGAAUGAGAACCAGUGAUGAUCCUUCCAAAGAUUGCCCCUGGAUUUGACCUGUCCAGGUUCAGCUAAGUUCUUAUCACUUCUAGUCAGUGACUAGACUAGAUGCCUAGGUUCUUCAUCCCCUCCACACCAAAGCAGCUCACUGACUUUAGAGGGAGGGGACAAGAGCCAUUUUUCUAUCUCUGUUGCUACAAACAGGUGCUAAGAAUUGACUGGUAAGGCCCUUUGAUCCUACGCGUGUAAAUUUCCAGCAUGGGACAUGAAAGUUUCUAGAAAAUGGCAGCAGGAAGAGAUGGGACCAGAGUAGAGGCAGCCUGCCAAAAAGAAGGCCCAUAAGUCUCAGGCCAAAGAAAUUAAAAGAUGUUUUUUGGACUAUCGUGGUUCCUUUAUCCAAAUCACUGAUAAAAAAUUUUAAAUGCCACAGGGUCAUGCAGACACCUGAGACACUCCACUGGAGACCUCCAUCUGAGUGAAAAUGCUGAUGUUAAUGACAAUCUCUUGAGUCUGGCCAUUCAACCAGUCCUGAAUCCACCCAAUUGUGUAAUGCCUCACUCAUAACCCUUCUUCAUUUCCAUAAAAAGAGCAUGAGAGACUUCGUCAAGUGCUUUGCUCAAACCUAGGUUAUCCAUAUCUGCAGCAUUGCCAUGAACUAUCUGUCUAGUUACCCUGUUAAAAAAAAUAAAAUAAAAGGUUAUUUUGG